UAACACUCAUACACAUUACUGUGUGGUAUAAUGGACUAAUAUUUGACAUUUAUGUUUUCUUUGCUUGAUGCAGCCCAAUAAUUUCAUCCUUUUGAAAUAUCCACAAUUUUGGCCAGGCAGUGUAUAUUACUCAACUGUUACACAUUAAUUUUCAUCAUCGAACCGAGCCCUGCCGUACCUUUUGCCCUGGUCUGAGUAAAGAAAUGGAUGACUCCCAGGUACAAGUUUUCUCCUGCUCCUGGUGUUCACUUUCCUAUACUUCUCAAAUUUACCUCCAAAAACACAUCAGAAGAUGCCACAAUGAAGAUCAUAAGAGACUGCUACAGUCAGAAUUGUUAGCAGACAAGAACCAUAUCUCCACCAUAAGCACCAGUAUUCAGGAAACAGCCUCUGUUACUCUCAACAGUAACACCUCUAAUAACCAAGUGCAGAAAGAAGUCUAUCCCUGCUCACUGUGUGGGAAGAGUUUUUCUCGAAAGUGUAAUCUCCAGCUACAUCAGCGUACUCACAGUCGACCAAAACUGUAUCAGUGCUCAGAGUGUGGAAAGAGCUUUAAUAAACAGGAUCAUCUCAGGACACACCUGCAUAUGCACAGAAAACCAAAACCCCAUCAGUGCUCGUACUGUAAGAAGAUGUUUAUGUGUAAAAGCCAACUUACCCUACAUGGGCGUAUUCACACUGGAGAUAAGCCAUAUCAAUGCUUACAGUGUGGAAAGAGAUUUACUCAAAAGAACAGUGUUCAGCAACACCAGCGCAUUCAUUUAGGUAAGAAACAUCAGUCCUUACAGUGUGAGACUAUAGUUACAACAACAACUAGUGUGAAAGCACACUUAUGUCUUCACACAGUGGAAAAGCCCCAUCACUGUACCCAGUGUGAGAAGAGUUUUAAACUGCAAAGUGCUUUAAAAGAACACUUGUGUAUUCACACAGGGGAAAGGCCGUACCAGUGUGCACAGUGUGGGAAGACCUUUGUAACAAAAGGUAGCCUAGAAUUACAUCAGUGGACUCACAGAGACGACAAGACUUUUCAGUGUUCAUACUGUAGAAAGGCGUUUAAAUUUAAAUGUACUUUAAUUACACAUCAGCGUAUUCACACUGGAGAAAAGCGAUAUCGGUGCUCAGAGUGUGGAAAGAGAUUUAGUCAACAAGGCAAUUUUCAGCUACACCAGCACAUUCCUUCCGGAGGCACAGGAUAUCCAUGCUCACAGUGUGGGAAGACUUUUACAAGAAAACGUAGUCUAAAAGACCACCAGCUCAUUCACAGUGGAGAGAGGCCGUAUCAGUGUUUAGGGUGUGGGCAGAGUUAUAAUCGAAAAGACAGCCUUCAGCAUCACCAACGCAUUCAUACAGGAGAAAGGCCGUAUGAGUGCUCACAGUGUGGGAGGAGUUUUAAUAACAAGAGUAAUCUUAAAGUCCACAUGUAUACUUACACAGCAGAAAAGCCGUAUCAUUGCUCACAGUGUGGUAAGGGUUUUACUAGAUCGAGCUAUCUUCGGCGUCACCAGUGCACUCAUUGAGGAGAAAAGCUGCACUGGUGUUUGUUAUAAUUUUGAUUAUUAUGGUUUACUACUCAUGAAAUCCAGUAGAUCAAAAUAUUAGAAUAUUUCUUUUUGAGUUUGGGUAAAUUACUAUUCAUACACUAUAAAUACUGUGUAUCUCUCUGUCUGGUUCAAUAUACACAUGGAGAAGACUGCCAACUUGACAGUUGUCCAGAUGAUUAUCAUCUAAACUCUCCACAAGAAAAGUAACAGGACGCCAUUGCUGAAAAUUCUGGCUUUAAACUGAAUUCUGUAUUGAAGCAUAUUGAUGGAACGUUGACUGUAAGAAGAUCAUUCAAGACCUUGGAAGAGCUUUACAGCGUAGUGAGGCUGGAGCCACCAUGCACAGACGUCUUUGGGAAAUGGGUUACUUCUGUUGCAUUCUUAGUAUAAAGUCACUCCUGAAACAACGUGAGAAGCAUCUUACCAGGCAGAAAAAAACUUGUCAUUAAAAGUUUUAUUUAUUUCAGUAAUUCAAUUAAAAAUGUGAAACUCGUAUAUAGAUUCAUUACACAGAGACCAAUAUAUCUCAAGUGUUUAUUUCUUUUCAUUUUGAUGAUUAUGGCUCACAACUAAUAAAACCCCAAAAUUCAGUAUUUUAGAAAAUUACAACAUUAAGACCAAUAAAAAAAGAUUUUUAACACAGAAAUGUUGGAAUACUGAAAAGUAUGUACAUGUACAGCACUAAAUACUUGUUCGGGGCUCCCUUUUUUAUGCUCGCCUGAAUUACUGCAUUAAUGCGGUGUGGCAUGGAGGCGAUCAGUCUGUGGCACUGCUGAGGUUUUAUGGAAGCCCAGGUUGCUCUGAUGGCGGCUUUCAGCUCUUCUGCAUUGUUGGGUUUGGUGACUCGCAUCUUCUUCUUAUCCCAAAUAUCCUAAAGAUUCUCUGUGGGAAUUAGAUUGGAUGAGUGCUGGCCAAUCAAGCACCGGAAUACAUUUAUAUUUAGGCAUACGUUCUUAUCCAGAGCGAAUUUAGGUUACUAGGUUACUAACUAUGUUCAAGUUCAAGUUCAAGUAGGCUUUAUUGUCAUUACAACCAUAUACAGUUAGUACACAGUGAAACGAAACAACGUUCCUCCAGGACCAAGGUGCUACUUGCAACAUAAAUUUACAACAUAAAUUAACAGACACACUAAACUAGCUAACCAAGAGGCCUAGUUAGCUGGCUAGC